AUGAUUGUGGAUUCAAAGACAACUGUCAAACAAAUUGAAGAUGCUUUUAAGGAAUUCACCACAAGAGAUGAUGUAGCAAUUGUCUUGAUCAGUCAAUAUGUUGCAAAUAUGAUACGGUUUGUAGUGGAUAGCUACAACAACCCAAUUCCAGCGAUUUUGGAGAUUCCUUCAAAAGACCACCCGUAUGAUCCUGCCCAUGAUUCCGUUCUAUCGCGUGUCAAAUACCUUUUCAAUUCCGAUUCCGUUGCCGGUGACAGGCGUUGAAAUCAUUCAAUUUUUUACUUCUCGUUUCAUGUUUUUUUGUCAUCAUAUCAUAAAUUUUACUACAAUGUGUUUGUGUGUGUGUGUGUUUUGAGUUCUAAUUAUUGCACACAAUAAAAUGUCAUCUUUUAUACAAUUUAUUUAAUCGAGUGUUCCAAUUUACAUCAUUAGAGG